AUGCGAGCGCUGUCGGCAGCAAAAGGUCCGGUGUCUUCGAGACUCCACCUCCCAGAAGCCAUCACCAGGUCAGCCUCUGCCAAAAUGCUCCAAAUGCGCAAAGGCAGGCACAGCAUCUCCGAGAAGAACAUGGGCCUGCCAUCCCUAGAGAAACAGACGGGUGGCUCUCUAGAAGAUGAUUGGCUUGACUAUGACAACCUCAACUGGCACCAGACGAGCACAAUGGCCCAAGCAGACCUUGACCUCGAGAAUACCUCUCAGAAUGUUAAUCCAGACCUGAAAAUGAGUGAUGAUUUUAUGGCUGGGAUGGAUACACACCUCGACGAAGGACAAUGGUGGAACGAGACAACCCCGUCCCAAACACCACUAUCCAAUGCCGAUGUCAGUGAUGACAGGGCGACGCCCAGUUUCUUACAAGAACUUACCUCCCAGGCCAUGGCUGUGAGCACUAAGACAAUCUCAGCUACAAUGGCUUUGUAUCAUCCCCGCAGCGCUCCACCAACUGUAUCGUCACAGUAUGUUAACCAGGCUUUCGAUGGCACAAGAACCCUGGUACGUAUCAUCAAUACCAUAUCGAUGAUCAUUUCCGGGGAGAACGAUGAGAAUACUUCGGAAGGUGAAUCGUGCUGUGGCAUUGGAGGGUUGGCUCUUACAACCCUUGCAUGUCAGCAGCAUCUUUUGGGCCUUUUCAAGGCAAUUUGCAAGUCCAUAGAACAUUGCAUUGAUGAGAAGUCGAGGGAAAAGACUGCUUUCGGAAUCAGCGAUAGUGGCUCGCUGAUCGGGGAUCCAGCUCCUUCGUCAGCGCAGUUUACAAUGGUUCUUCAAUUGUUGGUACAUCUUAUCAACCGGUUGGACAGAUGUCUUUUCGCAGGCGUACAAACUACGCCCAGCCCCCAGAAGCACCAAGGCGGUAUGGAUCUGACACGUUUCGAGAAGAAUGCGGAUGAACUUGGAUCUGAUAGAAAUAGCAUUGCUGGGUUAGCACAUGGAUCAAUUACAGGGUUAUCACUAGAGUAUCGUAGACUGCGACAGAUCAUUUCCCAACUCCAGGGCCAGAUGGACACACUUGAAGAAAUUUGA